AUGGAAUUUUCAGAUAUAACAAAGCUUCCGGAUUUAGGAAGUAACAAUGAUAAGAGUGUAAGGGGAUAUAGUAUUAACAGACAACGAAACCAACAAGCUUUCCGACCGACACCCAGUUCAUCUAGAGUUUUAAAAAAGAAAGAAAAACUGUUAACUUCGAAGGUAGAAUUGAACUACAAGUACUUAUUAAUGGAUGGAAAUAUCUUAAAGACGACUGGGCAGAAAAACGGUAUGUUUCCUUUGCAUCGCAGCCUAGAUGCUCAAUAUAGAACGCUUAAAAAACAACAUUCCUUAUUCGGAAAUGCAAAACACAAUCAUACUGAACAUAAAACAGUAAAAUCGGGAGUGAAACGUGAACAAAGUGACAAAGUGGCUCAUCAUAGGAGUGCACCACGACAUAGGAGUAAUCAUUAUAAUGAAGAAGAAAGAAUCAGCCCAAGCAGCAGAGAACACACUGUUCAUCCUCUUAAUAAACCGGUUAAACUGAAGAAUUUAGCAGACAAGGAAAUAGUUUUGACAGAUACAUUACAUAAUAAAACAUCAGAGGAUAUAUCAUGUGGAAAUAAGUGUGUAGGGUCUCUAAUGGAAACUCUUUCAAAUAAACCAGGUGUUCGCUCUAAAGAAGAACUAUUACAUCAGGCCAAAGAUUUCUUACAACAAUAUUACUUGGCCAUAAAAAGUAAUGAAACGAUAGAACACAGGGAGAGAUGGUCAGAAGUGAAGAGUUCUAUUGAAAACACAGGCACAUACGAUCUUACAUUGAAGGAAUUGAUUUUUGGUUCGAAACAGGCUUGGAGAAAUGCACCUCGAUGUAUAGGACGGAUUCAAUGGUCAAACUUACAGAUAUUUGAUGCCCGUGAUGUUAAGACAGCUAGAGGAAUGUUCCACAGUAUUUGUAACCAUCUGAAAUAUGCAACCAACAACGGGAAAAUAAGAUCAGCCAUAACAAUUUUCAAACAAAGAACUGACGUGAAUCAUGAUUUUAGAGUAUGGAAUUCACAACUGAUUACGUACGCUGGUUAUAAACAGUCAGAUGGUUCUGUCAUUGGAGAUCCAAUAAAUGUCGAUUUUACAUCUGUUUGUAUCGAAAUGGGUUGGAGAGGGAAGAACGGCAUGUUUGAUGUUCUUCCACUAGUCCUUCAGGCAAACGGAGGUGAUCCAGAAUUGUUCGAGUUACCUUCACAUUUAAUAAUGGAGGUACUCAUUACUCACCCCACAUAUCCAAGCCUUGCUGAUCUUGGUUUAAGAUGGUUUUGUGUGCCAGCCGUUUCUAGUAUGAUGUUUGAUUGUGGUGGAUUGGAAUUCACAGCUUGUCCAUUUAGUGGCUGGUAUAUGAGCACUGAGAUUGCAUGUAGGGACCUCUGUGAUAAACAAAGAUACAAUCUAGUAGAGAAAAUAGCUCAAAACCUAGGAAUGGAUACACGCAAUAACGCGUCACUAUGGAAAGACAAAGCAGUAAUUGAGAUAAAUAUUGCAGUUCUUCAUAGCUUUCAGUCGAUUGGUGCUACUAUAGUUGAUCAUCAUACAGCUUCCGAUUCGUUCAUGAUCUUCAUGCAAAAUGAGUACAAACAACGAGGCGGUUGUCCUGCUGACUGGGUAUGGUUAGUUCCUCCAAUUAGUGGCAGUUUAACGCCAGUGUUUCAUCAAGAAAUGGUUAUGUUUAAACUGAAACCUUCGUAUGAAUAUCAGGACGAAGUAUGGAGAACAUAUGUUAGGAAAAAGGAGAGAAUAAAAAAACCUAAAUCGCAUCAAAGUAAAUUAGGUUUUAAAUGCGUUGCAAGCGUUAUUUUCUCAUGGACAAGCUUAAUGAUGAAAGUAUUAUCCAAGCGUGUUAAAUGCACAAUUUUGUUUGCAACAGAGACAGGGAGAUCGGAAAGAUAUGCACAUACACUGCAUAAAAUAUUCAGACAAGCAUUCAAUUCACGGGUGUUGAAUAUGGACAGUUACAACUUAAGUGAACUCAGACAAGAACAGCUAAUACUGUUUGUAACAAGCACAUUUGGGAAUGGCGACCCACCAGAAAAUGGCAAGAAUCUUGCAAGAGCUUUAACGACAGCAAAAGGAUUGCCAUUGCAGAAAAAUGGCAAUCAGAGGCACACAAACGGCCACAAAAACAGUCCUCUAAGUUAUUUGAAAUUCUCCGUUUUCGGACUUGGGUCUAGUGCUUACCCAAAUUUUUGUGCAUUUAGUCAUCUGAUUGACAAAACAAUGGAGGGAUUAGGAGCUACCAGGAUUUAUAGUAUUGGAGAUGGAGACGAGUUAUGCGGUCAAGAAGAAGCAUUCAAAACUUGGGCCAAAAAGGUUUAUCAGGUGGCUUGUGGUUUCUUCAAUGUUGGUAACAAAAUAGGGUUGAAUGAUGCAUCCGAUGUACUCGAAAAGUCGGAUACGAUCUGGCGUCCGGAAACAUUCCGAGUGAUAGAAGUACCUACAGAAAACCGCCUUUCGCUUGGUGAAGGAAACCAUGAUUCGUGGAAUGACUGGGGUCGAUAUCCGCCAUGUACUCUGACAGAUAUGCUUACAAGAUAUCUUGACAUUUCUACUCCUCCAUCACAGGAGCUACUCAAUAUACUGUCAAGUCAAGCAGUUAAAACAGAAGAGAAAUUCCAAAUAAAACGUCUAGUAAAUAAUACGAGGAUAUUUGAUGAAUGGAAAAACAAUGGAAGGCCAACGAUACUUGAUGUUCUGAAACAAUUCUCCUCAAUUCAAUUGACACCAGCCUUCCUCAUAUCACAGCUUCCACUUCUUUUACCACGAUAUUAUAGUAUAAGUUCGUCAUUAGAUGCAGCUCCAGGCGAAAUUCAUGUUACAGCAGAUGUUCUAGAAUAUCAAACACCAGGUAAAAAAUAUAAACAUAACAAUGGCAUUAAACAUCAAGGUGUUUGUAGUAACUGGCUUAACAACUUGGAAAUUGGAGAAGAAAUAUACUGUAAUGUUCGAAAAGCACCAUUGUUUCAUCUGCCGAAUGAUCAGUAUGUUCCUAUUAUUAUGGUGGGUCCCGGUACAGGAAUUGCACCGUUUAGAGGGUUUUGGUUGCAACGUAGAACAGAUAUUGAACACGAACUCACAGCUAGAAAUAAACGCCAUUUUGGAGAGAUGUACUUAUAUUUUGGUUGCCAUAACACUACUGCAGACAAUAUCUAUAGAGAUGAGAUACGUCAAUGUGAGAAAGAUAAGAUCUUGACAAAAUGCUUUUUCGCAUUCUCCAGAGAACCAGGUAUUAAAAAGACAUACGUACAAGAUUUAAUAAAGAGAAAUGGAAGAGAUGUAUACAGAAUGAUUGUAAAAGAAAAUGGUCAUUUAUAUAUCUGUGGAAGCAUCCAAAUGGCAUCGGACGUAAAAAAGAUGCUACGACGUGUGAUCCAAUCAUGGGGUAAAAAAUCAGAGUCCCAGGUAGACGAGUAUAUUGAAAAAAUGAAGGAUGAAAAUAGACUGCAUGAAGAUAUAUUCGGAAUAGCCGUUAAAAAGCUUAAAGAAAGGACAAAAACUGCUGAGCAGGCUGCCGUAUUCAGUGAAAGUAGACGGUAUUGUGACCAGCUUUUCCGUGGUGAUAUGUUAUCUAUAUGUUCAAAGAAAUUCCUUACAAGGAGAAUCUGUAGAGCGUUUGCUCACUUGUACUAUGUCGGAGUAAGAGUUGGCGGAAAGUCACGGUAUCACGACGAAAAGUCAUCUGAUUGUGACCUUGACUGGAUAAAGAGUUGCAUCGUUUAG